CAUUGAGGCAGCCCCAGCUGAGGCAGUAGCAGUGAGUGUGCAGCUCAGCGAGUCUCCACACACACAUGCACACCUACACUCACUCACACACACACACCUACACGCACACACGCACGCACACACACACUGCACACCACCGUGGCGGUUAGUCCGCUGCCGCAUGUGCCGUCGCAAUAUCGUUUUGAGGUGGGAGGAUUUUUUCCACGUCACGCUGAUGGUGGUGAUAACCUUGCUGCCAUCAGUGAUGGGGAGGACCACCAUGUAGAGACGGAGAGGCAGCGGAUGCAACAGCAGAAUAGCAGCAAUGGGAAGCCACUCAUGGAGCGGGUCUGGACUGCAGCCGUGGUGAGCCUGAGAUCUACAGGACUUGGAACCACCAUCAUUGCCCUUCUCAGGACCUGACCACUGGGGCUGUCCAAAGCUCACCUGGAUGCUCCCCCCCCCCUUCGUCACCCCCUCCUCUCCUCGUUCUCUGCUGUUCUUUCUCCUCUGCUGUUUCCUCUCUCUAAUGGUUUUGGUUUUGCCAAUGUCUGACAGCCACUCCUGAAGCAGAGAAGCUGCUCGUCGAUUGAUCCUGUCGGACGCCCUCCCCCCCCACUCCCCUUUUGUAAUCUAUCUGCCCACUUUACCAACCAGUGGCAUUCUUUUUCCUUUUUAGUUUUUUUUUCGGUUGUCUUUGCUUGCUCAAGACCUAUUUUGGAUUUUUUUUUUUUGGGGGGGGGAUGAGAUUGAGCUCAUCUCUCUGUUGUGCAAGAUUUUUGAUUGAUCAAUAAGCAAUAAGAAACACUAAUCUGACUGACUUGACCAGCUGUCACCAUGGGGGACAUGUCAAACAGCGAUUUUUAUGCCAAGAACCAAAGAAACGAGGAGAACCAUGCGGCGAGCUUCGGCUGCUCGGUCAUGGAGCUUCGCUCGUUGAUGGAGCUGCGUGGGCCAGAGGCGGUGAUCAAACUCCAGGAGGACUACACGGGCGUAGAGGGGCUCUGCAAACGACUGAAAACCUCCCCCACAGAAGGUCUCUCGGGUGACCAAAAUGACCUGGACAAGAGAAAAGAAAUUUUUGGUAAAAACCUGAUACCUCCAAAGAAGCCAAAAACCUUCCUGCAGCUGGUCUGGGAGGCGCUGCAGGAUGUCACCCUCAUCAUCCUGGAGAUUGCCGCCCUGAUCUCCCUGGGACUCUCCUUCUACCACCCUCCCGGAGAGAGCAAUGGAGAAUCUUGCGGCGCGGCAGGAGGCGGAGUCGAGGACGAGGGCGAAGCGGACGCCGGCUGGAUCGAGGGCGCGGCCAUCCUGCUGUCCGUGGUAUGCGUGGUGCUGGUGACGGCCUUUAACGACUGGUCGAAGGAGAAGCAGUUCCGCGGGCUGCAGAGCCGCAUCGAGCAAGAGCAGAAGUUCCAGGUGGUCCGCGGGAGCCAGGUCGUACAGCUGCCAGUGUCGGACAUAUUGGUAGGGGAUAUCGCACAGAUCAAAUACGGUGAUCUUCUUCCCGCUGAUGGAGUGUUGAUCCAGGGCAAUGACUUGAAGAUUGAUGAGUCAUCACUGACCGGCGAGUCCGACCACGUCAAGAAGUGUGUAGACAAGGACCCCAUGCUGUUAUCUGGCACCCAUGUGAUGGAGGGGUCAGGGCGCAUGCUGGUGACUGCUAUCGGGGUCAACUCUCAGACUGGAAUCAUCUUCACCCUGCUGGGGGCCGGCACAGAGGAAGAGGAGAAGAAAGAAAAGAAAGGAGGGGCAGUGGAAGACGGACACCAGAACACAGACUGCUCCCAUCCCCCUAACCACCCCAUCGCAACUAUAGCCACGGAUGGGGCUGCAGGCAAUAAUGCCCCUGGCAGUGCCAGCCUAAUUAAUGGUAAAAUGCAAGAUGGCAAUAUGGAGAGCAACCAGAUUAAAGUAAAGAAGCAGGAUGGAGCAGCUGCCAUGGAGAUGCAGCCUCUAAAGAGUGCUGAAGGUGGGGAGUCCGACGAGAAAGAGAAAAAGAAGGUGUCUGGUUCGAAGAAAGAGAAGUCCGUCCUCCAAGGGAAGCUGACCAAACUGGCUGUCCAAAUUGGCAAAGCAGGUCUGCUCAUGUCGGCCGUCACAGUCAUCAUCCUGGUCCUGUAUUUUGCCAUCGAUAACUUUGUGAUGCAGAAGAAUCCUUGGAUGCCGGAGUGCACUCCCAUCUACAUCCAGUACUUUGUCAAGUUCUUCAUCAUCGGCGUGACUGUGCUAGUGGUGGCCGUGCCGGAGGGGCUUCCGCUGGCCGUCACCAUCUCCCUGGCCUACUCUGUCAAAAAAAUGAUGAAAGACAACAACCUGGUGCGUCACCUGGAUGCAUGUGAAACUAUGGGCAAUGCUACGGCCAUCUGUUCUGACAAGACGGGCACGUUGACCACCAACCGCAUGACGGCUGUACAGUUUUACAUUGGAGAUGUGCACUACAAGGAAAUCCCUGAUCCUGGCGCUCUGUCACACAAGUCACUGGAUUUACUGGUCAAUUCCAUCUCCAUCAACAGCGCCUACACCACCAAGAUACUGCCCCCGGAUAAGGAAGGCGGUCUGCCGAAGCAGGUGGGCAACAAGACGGAGUGCGGCUUGCUGGGAUUGGUCAUUGACCUGAAGCGGGAUUACCAGCCAAUAAGAAAUCAGAUCCCGGAGGACAGGCUCUAUAAAGUCUACACCUUCAACUCUGUCAGGAAGUCCAUGAGUACAGUCACCCAGUUGCCCGACGGAAGCUUCCGCAUGUACAGCAAAGGAGCCUCUGAGAUCGUCCUCAAAAAGUGCAGCCAUAUCCUGAACGAGGUGGGUGAGCCGAGGGUUUUCCGCCCGAGGGACAAGGACGAGAUGGUGAAGAAGGUGAUCGAACCCAUGGCAUGCGAAGGCCUCAGGACCAUCUGCGUGGCGUAUCGGGACUUCUCCGGGGAUCCCGAGCCCGCCUGGGACGAUGAGUCCAGCAUCCUUAAUGACCUCACAGCCAUCUGUGUUGUUGGGAUAGAGGACCCUGUCAGGCCAGAGGUGCCCGAUGCUAUCAAGAAGUGCCAGCGCGCCGGCAUCACAGUGCGCAUGGUGACCGGAGACAACAUAAACACAGCCAGGGCCAUAGCCAUCAAGUGUGGUAUCAUCCACCCCGGAGAGGACUUCCUCUGCAUCGAUGGCAAAGAGUUCAACAGGAGGAUCCGCAACGAGAAGGGAGAGGUGGAGCAGGAGCGGAUGGACAAGGUUUGGCCUAAACUCCGAGUUCUAGCUAGAUCUUCCCCAACCGACAAACACACGCUCGUCAAAGGCAUUAUUGACAGUACCGCAACAGACCAGAGGCAGGUGGUGGCUGUGACGGGAGAUGGGACCAACGAUGGACCCGCACUCAAGAAAGCCGAUGUUGGAUUUGCCAUGGGUAUUGCUGGUACAGAUGUGGCCAAGGAGGCGUCGGAUAUCAUUCUGACUGAUGAUAAUUUCAGCAGCAUCGUAAAGGCAGUAAUGUGGGGCCGCAACGUCUAUGACAGCAUCUCCAAAUUUCUUCAGUUCCAGCUGACUGUCAACGUCGUUGCUGUCAUAGUGGCUUUCACCGGUGCCUGCAUCACACAGGAUUCUCCCCUGAAGGCCGUGCAGAUGUUGUGGGUGAACCUGAUCAUGGACACAUUUGCAUCCCUGGCCCUGGCCACGGAGCCUCCCACGGAGUCUCUGCUUAGGAGGAAGCCAUAUGGUCGCAACAAGCCUCUAAUCUCCAGCACCAUGACAAAGAACAUCCUGGGACACGGAGUCUAUCAGCUCAUCAUCAUCUUCACGCUUCUCUUCGCUGGAGAGAAGAUCUUUGACAUUGACAGUGGCCGCAAUGCACCUCUCCACGCUCCUCCAUCCGAGCACUACACCAUCAUCUUCAACACCUUCGUCAUGAUGCAGCUUUUCAACGAGAUAAACGCCCGCAAAAUCCACGGAGAGAGGAACGUCUUCGAUGGAAUCUUCAGGAACCCCAUCUUCUGCACUAUUGUUUUCGGCACCUUUGCUAUGCAGAUUGUGAUCGUGCAGUUUGGAGGGAAGCCAUUCAGCUGUCAACCUUUGGAACUGGAGAAGUGGAUGUGGUGUGUUUUCCUCGGGCUCGGAGAGCUCGUCUGGGGACAGGUGAUAGCCAGCGUGCCCAAUAGCAAGUUGCGUUUCCUGCGGAGGGCCGGACAGUUAACUCGCAAAGAUGAUUUACCAGAGGAGGACAAUAAUGAAGACAAUGAAGAGAUUGACCACGCAGAGAGGGAGCUGAGGAGAGGACAGAUCCUCUGGUUCAGAGGACUCAACCGCAUUCAAACGCAGAUUGACGUAGUCAACACCUUCAAGAGUGGCACCUCCUUUCAGGGGGCAGGGGCUCUGAGACGCCAAUCAUCCACCACCAGCCAGACCCAGGAUAUCCGCGUUGUGAAUGCAUUCCGUAGCUCCCUCUAUGAAGGCCUGGAAAAGCCAGACUCCAGGUCAUCAAUCCACAACUUCAUGACCCACCCGGAGUUUAGGAUAGAAGACUCCACGCCCAACAUCCCGCUCAUCGACGACACAGACGAUGAUUCCGCUCGCCGGCGGAAGUACUCCAGCCAGCCCUCAUCCCCCAACAAAAACAACAACGCCAUCGACAGUGGCAUCAAUCUCACCAUCGACACCAGUAAAUCAGCCGCCUCCUCCAGCCCCGCUAGCCCUCUUCACAGCCUGGAGACCAGCCUCUAACCCUCAUCAUCACCUCGGUUCUAUCCUCUAAUGUCCUUUCCUUGCAGUCUGGGGGCAUCUUAUCCAAUUCCUCCGGAAAAAUUUAACUGCAAAUGUACACCUUCGUCGACCCCUAAAAUUUCAACCAACUCCAUCUCAUUGCUCAUUUUCCAGCCCCCCCCCUCCGUCACCACCUUUUACCUUGAGCUCUUAAUGCUCCGUGCUCCUCUUGAAAUGGAGAAAAUCUAAAGUUAUAUGGUAAGGUGAAAAGAAAAAAAAACAUUCAAUCAAAAAAGCGCAACAAAGCCACAAAACCUUCACAGCCAUUCUGCUUUUGUGGUUGUAUGUGCACGGUGGCGGCGGAUGUGUGUGCGACUAUAUGAGCGUUAGCAUGUACUGUGUAAGCGUGCCGCUGACCGCACACGCGUGUGUGAAUGUGUCUCCAGUGGCACCGGGAGGAGGACGAUGAGGAGAGAGACAAAACAAGACAGACUCGAAACUCCCCUUAAACUCCCUCUCCCCAACGGUAACAUUGUCAAUACUGAUAAUAGUUUAAAUUAAAUUGAAAAACAUUGUUAUUAUUAUGAUUCUGAUUCUGAUUAUUAUUGUUAUUAUUAUUGUUGCUCCUGCAUGAAUGUACAUUGCCCAGGUUUUAUUUUUAUGGGUUUUUAAUUUGAUGGGAGAUCUUUUUAUUCAGAUGGGCCCGGCCCUGCAGCGGACUACGGUUUUAGCGGCGGUUUCUCUGAGAUCCGGGGCCUGCAAAGUCCCCUCUUCUGUGUGGCAUGAACAUGUACCCGACUGUAAACAUUUAUUUCAUCCAUAAAACAGAAACGUUUAACGAGGUGGUAGGGCUCAACUUGCACAGUAGUUUGCACCUAUCGGAAAAAGGAUGACCGCAAAAUAAUAAUGAUGACAAUAGCAUUUAUGGUAUAUAAUCUAUAAAUAUAAAUACAUAUAAAUAUAUUUAGAGAGAGUUUAUCUUUGUUUGUCGGCAUGUUGCCUUGUUCCUGCUUCAAUGGCUCAAAAUACUUUGACUUAUUUAUGUCUUAAAGAGAAUGUAAUUUGUUUACAACCUCGUAGAGAUUAACUUCCUGGUUUCUAGAAGGAAAGAGACGGAACUGAAGCUAAGAAGGACCAGAGCUGCGUUGAUGUGUUAUUACUGAAAAUUUGUGCUGGAAUUUGCCUGCUAUCUUUUCAAAUAUUGUAGAUAUUUUUAGAGGAUUAACAAACAAAAAGAAACCAAAAUAUAAUGGGAUACGUAGUAAAUGUGGAAUCUUAGUAUUACUCUAUAUGAUUGUUGGGAACAAGUUGGAGUGGCUUGCCUUUUCUAAACGGAGGCCUACCUUUUGUGACAGAGGGGGAAUAUUUAAUUUUGAUUCCCACUUUUUAUGAGUUUUUUUUUUUUUUUGUGCUUCAGCGCUGGCCUGGGGUCAGGGCUCGAGUCAAGGCUGAUAUCAGGACCUUUACAGUGAACUUUCUUCUAGAUAUACCUGCUUGUUCAAAGGACUUGAUGUUUAAAAAGUGUGUGACACCCAAAAGGCUGCAAUCAAGUCAUAUUAGAAAUUUAGAGUUAUAUUUGGCUUAUCUGUGCAGCAUGGAAAUCAGACCUUUUUUAAUUUGAUUUUGUCCAAAAUUUGAAAUGUAUUGUUUAUUUUUUAAUUGAAUCUUGAUUUAAUAUUGGUUCAAAUGAUUUCAGUUUUUCUCUUGCACACACAACCCUACAAAACUGUUGGAAUUUUUGACAACAAAAAAAGGAAAACUGAAACAAAAAAUGACAACAAACAUGGAAUGUUGCUUCGACUCGCUUUCUAUAUAUAAAAAGACGAUCCUUUUCUGCACUAUCUGGUUAUGAAUGAAAACUUCUGUGGUGUAAUUCUAGAUGUGCUUUUGUGUGUUUUAACCAAGCUUGUCUUCCUGCCGUCACAGAAUAUACAGUACUCUAGCAUCUCAACUGUACUCACUAGUCGUAAACUAUUUAUUGUGCUUUGACCAAUCAGACAUUGCCAGAGAUAAGUCACAUACAGGAGGCACAUUUACCCAGUCUUAUUGCACUCAGAAGGACAAGGCCAGUUAACUAGUCCGUUAUAUUGUUAUUUCUAUUACUAACCGAAGUCAUUGGCAAGCAUGACGCGAGAGGCUCAAUAUGCAACUUGAAAGAAUUAACGAUUUUUCUAUCCUAUACACUACUUCAGCAUAUUAAACAUUUAUCCAAGCUCUUUUUUCUUUCUUUUUUUCUAUCCUCCUCCUCUGUCAUUUCCCAAUCGAUCCCUAAAUCUGGAAAGGGUGCACAAGCUUUACCAGUCAGCUCAGGCGUGUUGAAAAAGUAAUAUGGACCAUUUGCAUAAUAUUUGUCUUAUUUAAGUUUGGCACAAAAAAAAAACUGUCUGGAUUCUGAUAUUCUGCUUAGAUGCUGUUGAUUUAUUUUGUUUCCCUUUCCAGUGUUUUGACUUGACAAUUUAUUUGUUUAUUUGUCUGUAAGAAUUAAAAACAAUAAACAAAAAACAUAACGGGAACAACAGCAUUUUUCAAUAAAAAAAAAGUAAAUAAAGACUUAAGCCCACAUUUUCCAAACCACUUUUACAUCCAGGAGGACAUUCAGCUUUAAAAGGACGCAAACACCGAGAGAAAAAGAAUCUUUGUAAGUACAGCAGACGCCGAGGACAGAAACUGAAUGCGGACUGGUGUGAAAAACAGGAACUGUUUCUGACCUCGUCUACCAUCACGCACCACGAGUCAUACUGCCGACGCAGCGGUUCCGCUGUACGUAAUCAAUCACUGCUCCUGUCAGAAAACAGUCCACAUCAACGCGAGGGCGUCCGAAUGACAACUUGUGUUGUAACAACCAAUAAUUGUGUUGAUAAUAACCCCCCCCCCGGUGGGUUAAUGAUAUCGAUGAUACUUUUUGCAAUAUACUCUCACCUGCCUCGAUGUACUGUAUUUAGCAGCAUGCAGUUUGUGGAACAACGAAAAAGAGAAAUGCCAACAGAUAACUUUUGGCGUACUUAGCCAUUCAUGGGUAAGUGAUCUAAGUGUUCAUCUUGUUUUUAUGAUAUUUUUUUUUAUCUAUACAAUAAUUGUAAAUAAAGAACUCAAUGUCUUUGUUCAUUUAAUACUAUGCAAAAAGUCAUGCUUUUCUGAUUGUUACCCACCCUUAAUCCUAGAGUGUGUUGCUGGAAUGUUUGUGGUCUCAAAAGUCAGUAAAAACAAUGUGAUGUAAAUUAUUUUUUAGCUUGAGGAAAGUCAAAUGAUGAUGAAAUUAUUACCAUGAGGAGGAGGAUGAUAAUAAUGGUGGUGACAGUGAUGAUGACAAUGAUGAUGAUGAUGAUGAUGAACUGUGACUCUUGCUGCUUGACUGUCCCAUUUACAACACUCCUGACAGGAGCGCAAGUGAAAAACAAUAAAAAAAUAAAUAAAAAUAUUGACAAAUUCACUAAAUAAAUCUCCCAGAGCAGCAUGACCCAG